AUGCUUGUAAUCGCUGAAUGCAGAUGGGAAGAAGCCACUAAUGUCAGGAAGGAAAUGAGAGAUAUUGGUAUUAAAAAAAAUGUUGGUUAUAGUUGGGUUGCUGUAAAAAAUAAAGUCCAUGUUUUCCAAGCAAAGGAUAGUUCUCAUGAAAUGAACUCUGCAAUUCAAGCAAUGCUAGCUAAGCUUAGAGGGGAGAUGAAGAAAGCUGGGUAUGUUCCUGAUACCAAUCUAUCACUCUUUGAUUUAGAAGAAGAAGAGAAGGCUUCGGAAGUAUGGUACCACAGUGAGAAGAUUGCUCUAGCUUUUGGCCUCAUUGCUCUCCCUUCUGGAGUGCCCAUACGUAUUACAAAAAAUCUUAGGAUUUGUGGAGAUUGUCAUAGUGCCAUUAAGUUCAUCUCAAAAAUUGUUGGCAGAGAAAUUAUUGUGAGAGAUAAUAAUCGUUUUCAUCGCUUUGUGGAUGGUUGGUGUUCUUGUAAAGAUUAUUGGGAUUUGGCUGCUGAUGUACCAUCUACAUGUGUGGCCAUUCUGCACAGGUGCUUAGUCAGGGUGUUUACGUGGCGGAGUUUGACAGUAAGGGAUUCAGGGAGUGCUGGGUGA